AUGAUGGUUUACAAGAUUAUGCGUGAGAUAGAGCAGAUCGAGAAAGAGGCUCUCUUCUCCCUCUCCCCCCCCCACCUUGUGUUGCAGCUGGACAGCAGCCUGGUGCAGAUCCAGGAGCUGGCCGUGAGCGUGUGCAAGAAACUGCACUUGGCCCGCCCGGAGGUGUGCGAGGAUAUCAUCCGGCUCUUUGAGCCCGACGUGCUGGCCGCCUGGACCCGCUCCAUCCUGCGCCCCUCCGAGAUCUGCGGGCUCCUGGUGGGCCCCGACUGUGGCCACUGGGACAUCUACUCCGACUGGAACGUCACGCUGCCCGACGUGCCCAAGCCCCCCGUGCGUCCCCCAGUGCCCCCACGGCCCAGCGCCCCCACGGCCCGAGUGCUCUUCCUCACCGACCUGCACUGGGACCAGGGCUACCUGCCAGGCAGCGACCCCGCCUGCAAGGACCCCUUGUGCUGCCGAGGGGGGCAGCCCCGGGGGGCGGCGGCCGGCUACUGGGGCACCUACGGCAAGUGUGACCUGCCGCUCCACACCCUGGAGAGCCUCCUCCAGCACCUGGCCGCCACCGGCCCUUACGACGUGGCCUACUGGACCGGAGACAUCCCGGCACACAACGUCUGGGAGCAGAGCCGGGCGGACCAGCUGCAUGCCCUGACCACCGUGACGGCCCUCAUCCAGAAGUACCUGGGGCCACUGCCCGUCUACCCGGCCGUGGGCAACCACGAAUCUGUGCCCGUGAAUUCCUUCCCGCCCCCCCACCUGCCCGGCAACCACUCCUCCGCCUGGCUGUACGAUGCCAUGGCCCAGGCCUGGCGCCAGUGGCUGCCUCCGGAGGCCCUGGAAACACUCAGGGUGGGGGGCUUCUACACCCUCCGGGUCUGGCCGGGCCUCCGCCUCGUCUCCCUCAACAUGAAUUUCUGCUCCGAGACCAACUUCUGGCUCUUGAUCAACUCAACGGAUCCCGCCGGGCAGCUGCAGUGGCUGGUGAAGGUCUUGCUGGAGGCAGAGGAGGGCGGGGAGCAGGUUCACAUCAUCGGCCACAUCCCUCCCUCUCACUGCAUGCGCAGCUGGAGCUGGAACUAUUACCACAUCAUCAACAGGUGGUACCGGGUCUACCUGCUGGACGGGGCCUACCCAGGCAGCUCCCACAUGGUGCUGGACCAUGAGACCUUCAUCCUCAACCUGACGGAGGCCAACAUCCCGGGCGCCGUGCCCCGCUGGCAGCGCCUCUACGGGGCCCGGGAGACCUACGGCUUCUCCACCGCCUUCCCCGCGGACUGGGACCAGCUGACGCGCCGCUUCCAGGUGGACGAGGGCCUCUUCCAGCGGUUCUGGUACCUGAUGUACAAGGGCCACCCGCCGCGUCAGCCCUGCAGGGAUGCCUGCAGGACGGCUUUGUUGUGCGCCCUCCACACCGGGCGGGCGGGGGACCCGAAACUCUGCCAGUCCCUGAGCCAGGGCCUGCCCUUCCCAGAAAUCCAGGCCCGGUGGCGCCAGCGGCGGUUCUGUUAAGGUCAAGAAGCGCCUCGGCCUUCUCAAAGGAGCGGGGGACGGAGGCCGCUGGCCUCGGGGGCAGGGUGUCCCCUGGGGGAGCCCGGCCUGACUGGUUUCCUCCCCCCUCCAGCGGCUGAGCGUGGACUGGACGGGCACUGUUUCUCCCCACCAGACCAAGGGGGUGGAGCUGCAUUCCCCCCACCUUUUUGGAAGAAGGUGGAAGAGAAGGGGGGGUGGGGCCCAACGGGAACAGCCGGGGGGGGGGGGGGGAAGAUUUUUGUCCCCCACCCCGUUCUCCCACUGUGCCAAGGGAGGCUAAUGGCCAGCCAGCCACCCCCCCCAGCCGCCACCUUUUCUCUGCCUCAGUGAGCUCAGAUGGCCACGGGCCCCUGGUCCGGCAAAGCUUUCCCUGGCAGGGGUUAUGGUGCCCACCCCUUCCCAGUCCCAAGCCACCCCGUUCAGCUCUGCGACCCACAUGGCGGGGGGCAGGGAGGGGGCUGCUGGCCUCCGGGAUUGCAGGAGCGAAAUUCCCCCACCCCA